AUCGACCGUUGGAUCUCCGAGCUCACAAGCAUGCUUCAGCUGGGCUUCGGAGAGGCAGGCUCGAGGUUCAUCUCGAAGAACCUCAAGGGAAGGACCUUCUCUGAAAUCAUUACCAAGGAGCCAGGAUCUAUUGUCAAUGCCUUCUUCGGCUUCUGCAACCUGAGGAACUACGAAGACAUCGCUGAGAUCGAGGGAAGAAACGCCAUCCACAUUGUCAACCGCAUCGCAAACUCCUUGCAUACAGCCGUCACUCAGUCGCACGGGGACCCAAACUCGAACCUCGGACAUGCCUUUCUGCUCGUGUGGAAGUCGAAAGGCGUUCGGAACAUCCAGCAAGUUGCCGACGCGGCUCUUCGUUCCUACGUGCAGUGUAUCCUAGAGACGACCAGGGCAGAGUUCCGACAGGACUUGUUCGAGAGGAGCAAGACUAUCGAGCUUGACCUUUGCUUUGGGCUCCACUUCGGAUGGGCCGUCGAGUGCGCCAUCGGGUCGGAGUGCAAGGUAGAUCUUUCCUACCUCAGUCCGCAUGUAAACAUCGCAUCUCGCCUUCAAGCCGCUUCAUCGCAGUACGGCGUCUCCAUCCUGAUCUCUGGGGACGUGUUCUCCCUCCUCUCC